CGGACACAAUAGUUAAGAUAUGAUGAUACUUAAGAUAAUCAAUUUAAGUGGUCUAGAUGACAUCAAACUCCAUGUAUGGACAAUCUUUGUACAAACUUCACUAGCUUAUUUGAAUCAUGAAAGCGAUCUACGUUUCGGUUGUUUUGUGUGCUCUAAUUUGGGCAGCCAGUUCUGCGAAACUCCUAAGAGUUCCUCUCACUAAGGGAAUAACGCCGAGGAGGUCGCUUCGAAAUGUGGCCCUUCAUCUAGAGGAUAUGAAGAAAAGAUAUCGUGUUGGUGGUGUUCCAGAGCCGUUGACUAACUAUCUAGAUGCUCAAUAUUACGGAGAAAUUAGCAUUGGAACUCCUCCACAAACAUUUGAUGUUAUCUUUGAUACAGGAUCAUCUAAUCUCUGGGUGCCAUCUGCAAAAUGCAGUAUUCUCAAUGUAGCUUGCUUGUUACAUAAGAAAUAUUACUCAGAAAAAUCAUCAACUUACGUAAAAAAUGAUACUGAAUUUUCGAUCUCCUAUGGGUCUGGCAGUCUUUCAGGAAUAUUGUCUGUUGAUUCUAUAGCGAUUGGAUCAGCUAUUGUUACUUCUCAAACUUUUGCCGAAGCGACAAACGAACCGGGAAUAGCUUUUAUUGCAGGAAAAUUUGAUGGCAUCCUUGGACUUGCCUAUCCAAGCAUAUCAGUAGACGGCGUUUUGCCGGUCUUUUAUAAUAUGAUCAACCAAAAACUUGUUGAGCAACCGGUCUUCAGCUUCUACCUUAAUAGGGAUGCAGAUGGUAACGUAGGUGGUGAAAUAUUGUUUGGCGGUUCCGAUUCAGACUAUUAUGAAGGAGAAUUUACAUACUUGAAUGUUGAUAGACAAGCAUAUUGGCAGGUCAAAAUGGAUAGUGUUAAAGUAAAUUCAAGUACUUUUUGCGAUGGUGGAUGCGAAGCCAUUGUUGAUACUGGUACUAGUUUGCUUACGGGACCAUCGGCAGAAAUUAAAGCGCUUAAUAAAAUCAUCGGAGCCGUGGAACUCCUUGCAGGUGAAUAUUUCAUCGACUGCAAUAAAAUUCCCACCCUGCCCCCGAUAAACUUUGUACUGGGAGGCAAAUCCUUUACCCUCGAAGGAUCAGACUAUAUUUUGGAGGUCGACACUGGUUUGGGAAUUAAUGAAUGCAUUUCUGGAUUCAUGGGUUUGGAUGUGGAGGCACCAGCCGGUCCUCUCUGGAUUUUAGGGGAUGUGUUUAUUGGAAAGUACUACACCGAAUUCGACGUGGGCAAUAACAGAGUGGGAUUUGCUCAAUCGAAAAAUAGUGCUAACUGAUUUUUGUAAUUUGCCUUGAAAAAAUAAAUUUUUCGUGUUCAUGA